CCACGUAUUUCUGUGCUAUCUGAAGUUGUUCAUACUUUUUUGUUGAUCUGAUUUGCAUUGCAGGUCGGACAAUUGAGAGAGGUAUCAAACAAGGUUCACAAUGCAGAGUUGAAAUUGUUUUUGGAAGUGGAGCUUGGGCUGGAUUUACGUCCUAUUGCACCACCUGACAAGACAAAGGAUGAUAUAUUACUUUUCUUCAAGUUAUAUGAUCCUGAGAAAGAGGAGCUACGUUAUGUUGGAAGGCUCUUUGUGAAGAAUACUGGUAAGCCAUUGGAAAUCUUGACGAAAUUAAACAAAAUGGCUGGUUAUGACCCUGAUGAAGAGAUUGGACUAUAUGAGGAAAUUAAGUUUGAGCCAAAUGUUAUGUGUGAACCUAUUGAUAAGAAAUUAACAUUUCGAGCUAGCCAGUUAGAAGAUGGAGAUAUUAUAUGCUUUCAGAAAGCUCCUGCUAUAUACAAUGAGGAACAUGUCCGCUAUCCAGAUGUGCCAUCAUACCUAGAAUAUGUGCACAACCGCCAGGUUGUUCACUUUCGGUCUCUUGAUAAACCCAAGGAAGAUGACUUCUGCCUCGAGAUGUCAAGGCUCUAUAAAUAUGAUGAUGUAGUGGAGAGAGUGGCUCAACAACUUGGUUUGGAUGAUCCAUCCAUAAUCAGGCUUACGCCACACAAUUGUUACUCUCAGCAACCAAAACCCCAGCCUGUUAAGUAUCGUGGUGUGGAGCAUUUGUCUGAAAUGCUGGUUCACUAUAAUCAGACUUCGGACAUAUUGUACUAUGAAGUACUUGACAUCCCUCUGCCAGAAUUACAAGGUUUGAAAACUUUGAAAGUUGCAUUUCACCAUGCUACCAAGGAUGAAGUGGUUAUUCAUACCAUUAGGCUUCCAAAGCAGAGCACUGUGGGGGAUGUCCUUGAUGAUCUGAAAACAAAGGUGGAAUUGUCGUCCCCUGAAGCAGAGCUUAGGUUGCUUGAAGUUUUCUAUCACAAGAUAUACAAGGUUUUCCCUCCCAAUGAGAAGAUUGAAAACAUUAAUGAUCAAUACUGGACAUUACGUGCAGAAGAGAUUCCAGAAGAGGAGAAAAAUCUUGGUCCACAUGAUCGCCUAAUCCAUGUGUAUCAUUUCACGAAAGAUACGGCUCAGAACCAAAUGCAAAUUCAGAACUUUGGGGAACCCUUUUUCUUGGUCAUACGUGAAGGGGAGACUUUGACUGAAAUUAAAGUUCGAAUACAAAAGAAACUUCAAGUUCCUGAUGAUGAGUUUGCAAAGUGGAAAUUUGCUUUUUUUUCUUUAGGGCGUCCUGAGUACCUUCAGGAUUCUGACAUUGUAUCCAAUCGUUUUCAGAGGAGAGAUGUGUAUGGUGCUUGGGAGCAGUAUCUUGGCUUGGAGCAUACUGAUAAUGCUCCAAAAAGAUCAUAUGCUGUCAACCAGAAUCGCCAUACUUUUGAGAAGCCAGUAAAGAUUUAUAAUUAGAAAACUUGCGUGGGAUGAAUUUGGCAUUCUUCUCCAUCUAUGGGCUUGUAAAAACAGGGAAACAGCAAAAGGCUACUCUGUAUAGGCCAACUAGUGAGAUCAGCAAUCCAGGUGGUUUCUGCAGAUUUUAUAUUAAAAUUGUGGUAUGUAAUUCUUUCUGUCAAAAGGAGUGACAUUGCUCUCAACACUAUCUGCUGACCAAAGCCCGUUGAGCUUUACUACUUCCAACUGUGGAAGUUCUUCAAGUUGAGGUCAUUGAUCAUCAUCACUGCACUGUAUCAGUACAUAAGAUUUUUGGAUUAGUGAGUGUAUACAGGGUAUAGUUGGUUGACUUUUUUUUGUUUAUCUUAAUUGCUUCCAGAUUUUGUUCAGUCAGUAGUUUUCAAAUUAAGUGAGGGCUGUGGAAUGGUGUAGCAGAGUUAAUGUAAUGUUGUAAAAGAGACUUGUCAGCCUCAGUAUAACCCGAUAGCAUAAAUAUAGUUUCCUGCCGCACCAUUCGGUCCA